AUGACCAUUUGUAUUGCAGUGCAAUAUAAAUGUGACAGUAGGAAUACAUCAUGUGGUUGUGGACGUUUUAAUGUUCAAUUGAAUUCGACAAAUAAUUUGAAUGGAGAAAAUGCGAUUCAACACAGUUGGCCAAUGAUUGUUCUUCUUGAUUUUCACUGGCCAAUACAAAGCACUCCUUGUAGUGGUUCGAUUUUAAGCAAUUAUUUUAUCUUAACGAGUGCUCACUGUGUGCAAAAAAUCUCGGCAUUUGACAUCAUAAUUAAAGCUGGUAUUCAUUAUCCACAAGAUGAAAAUGUAACAAGUCAUGUAGUAAGACGCAUUUAUCUUCAUCCUGAUUAUACAGGUCAUAGUGAUGGAUACGCUAAUAAUAUAGCACUUUUAGAAUUAAGAGAACCACUAAACUUCAAUGAUAAUCCCUAUAUUACUCCAACAUGCUUACCUAUUAAAAACUCAUCAAUAAAUGUGUCACAGUAUCCAAAAACUGGUUCACGGUUAGCUGUAAUCGGAUGGCAGUCAUUAAGAUCAGAUAAAAUAGAUAUAUUUAAUGCUCUUAAGCAAGGAGAAAUCUUCCUUAUUGGUAACAAUUAUCCAAUAUGUCGACGUUCAUUUAUCGAUCCAGAUAAACAAUUUUGUGCUGGAAUUUUAAAAGGUGGCAUAGAUCCAUGUUAUGGUGAUGCCGGUGGACCUAUCUUACAAUGGAUGGGAAACCGAUGGGAACAGGUGGGUAUAACAAGUUAUUCCAGAUGUGGAAUUCCAGGUUAUCCAAGCAUUUAUACUCGUCUAGCCUUUUAUAUUGAUUGGAUCAAUUCUAUUAUUAAAAAUCGUAAUGAAUCGUUAUAUGCAACAACAACUCGAAAUCCUCCAAUAAAUUAUAUGUGUGACAGAAAGAAAGUAAAUUGUGGUUGUGGUUAUCGUGAUGUUCGACUUCCAACUUCGAGAAUCAUUGGUGGUGAAGAUGCUAUUCCUAAUAGUUGGUCAAUGAUUGUAUCAAUUCGAGGAAAACUGUUCGAUUGGGAUGUUAAGACAAGACAUAUUUGUGGCGGUACUAUUAUUAAUGAAUGGUAUGUUCUUACAGCAGCGCAUUGUGUUGAUAAUGGUAUAACAAGUUCAUAUUCAAAUAUGUCUAUUGCAUUUGGAAUGCAUAAUCAAUUAGAAGAAAACCAAACACUUCGAGAAUUUGAUCGUAUUAUAAUUCAUCCAUUAUGGGGAGAAGGAGAACGAUUUUCAAAUGAUAUUGCUCUUCUUCAUUUAUCGGAACCACUAGAUUUUGAAGCAAAUCCAUUCAUUUCUAGAACAUGUCGACCUCCUCGAAUGAAUUCAACAGAAUAUAUAUAUAAUUAUCCAUUGAAUGCUACUCUUUUGGCUGCUGUUGGUUGGGGUCGAAGCUCUAACUCAGAGUCUCCGGAGAUAUUGCAACAAGUCGAUUUUUAUUCAAUCCAUCACAAUGAUUCAUCAUGUGCAAGCAUCUUUGAUUAUGAAACGCAAUUCUGUGCAGGUGUUGAAAAUGGUCGAAAAAAUGUGUGCCACGGUGAUUCGGGUGGCCCGAUCCUUCAAUGGCUUGGCGAUCGUUGGGAACAAGUUGGAAUAGCAUCAUAUACCCUAGAUGGUUGUGGACGCCGGGGUUAUCCAUCAUUUUUCAUACGACUAGCUGCUUAUUACGAUUGGAUAGAAUGGAAUAUUAAUCCAAAUAAUUACACAACAUCAACAUCAACAUCAACAACAACCACAAUAACAACACAAACUCCAAGUCAAACUUCAUCACUUGUAACAGCAAACAGUACAUCUGAAUUGCCUAUAAUAAUAUAUGAAUGUAAUAAGACAAUAUCAUGUGGAUGUGGAAGACUUGAUGUUUCUCUCACUUCAUCGGGAAGUGUGGGUAGCGCUGAUGCUAAAUUUUGGCGUUGGACAAUGAUUGUUUCUAUUCGUUUCAAUGAUACAGAUCAACAUUCAUGUGCUGGAACAAUUCUUACUGAUCGAUAUAUUCUUACUGCUGCUCAUUGUGUACAAAAUCAAUCUUUAUGGAAAAUAAAAGUCGUGCCUGAUAUUUACCGUUUAUCAACCACAAUUUCGAAAACUUAUCAAAUCGAUCGAAUUCAUCAACAUCCUGAUUAUAAUAAUCGAGGAAAAACUUUUGAAAAUGAUAUAGCUCUUUUACAUUUAACCGAAUCCAUGAAGAGUGUAGGCUCUUUGCUCCGUCGUUCAACAUGCGUACCUAAAGUACAGUCUCUCAUGGAUAUGUCGCAAUAUCCAUCAAGUAAAAUUCGAUUAGCAAUUAUUGGAUGGAGAAUAACAAAACAAAAUCAAAGUUAUAUAGCUAAUUAUCUUCAACAAGGCCAAAUCUCUGUUAUUGAUAAUAAGGAUACGAUAUGUUCAAACUCAACUAUAGGUUCCAAUAAACAAUUCUGUGCUGGAUUCGAACAAGAUGGAGUAGAUUCCUGUCCUGGUGAUCCAGGCGGACCGAUAUUUCAAUGGAUGAAUGGAUAUUGGGAUCAGGUAGGUAUUAUUAGUUCUGGUAAAUGUGGUAUUGAUGGUCAGAUUGGCAUCUUUACUCGACUUACUUAUUAUUAUGAUUGGAUGAUGUCUGUACUUGAUUAUGACAAUGAAACACUUGCAACAGUAACACAAAUAAAUGCUACAAAAGUUUCAAUAGUUUAUCAUUGUAAUAAAAACAAUGUUAGUUGUGGUUGUGGAUAUACCGAUGUAGAAAUAACUCAACCUCGUAUUAUGAAUGGUGAAAAUGCUGUCGAAGGAAGUUGGUCAAUGUUUGUUUCGCUUCGUAUUUUGAAUAGUAGUAAACAUAUAUGUGGUGGAACUCUUCUUUCAAAUUUAUUCGUCCUUUCCGCUGCUCAUUGUGUUAAAUCAUUUUUAUUGGCAGAUCCUUCAGAUCUAACUAUUGUGGCAGGAGUUACUAAGCAAUCAGAUCCAGAACGACAUAUACGUAAAAUUCGUCGAAUUUAUAUACAUCCAAACUAUACAGAUCAAGCUAAUGGAUUUAUAAAUGAUAUAGCUAUAUUAGAACUUGAUUAUCGAUUUUUAGUUGAUUUAAAUCCAGUAUUAAGUAAAACAUGUGUUCCACCUAUUAAUUCGUCCAUAUUAAAUAAUCAGUAUCCAUCAAAUGGUACACAAUUAGUUGUUAUUGGAUGGGGAACAACUGAACAUGAACAACCAGAUAUUUUACAACAAACAGAAGUUUUUACAAUUGAUAAAGAUUAUCCAAUUUGUUCCAAUUUAAUUAAUGAUGUUCGAAAACAAUUUUGUGCAGGAAUAUAUCAAGAGAGAAAAGAUUCAUGUCAAGGAGAUCCUGGUGGACCUAUAUUUCAAUGGCGAGGAGAAUAUUGGGAACAAGUUGGAAUUAUUUCUUAUGGAGAUGGAUGUGCUUUAAAUAGUUCUCUCCAAAUAUAUACACGACUUUCAAGUUAUGUUGAUUGGAUAAAUCAAGUCAUAAAUGAUCAUAGUAUUGCAACGCUUACUACUAGAUCAUCAACAACACUUACUACUAGAUCAUCAACAACACUUACUACUAGAUCAUCAACAACACCAAGGCGAAAUUGUGCUUUGAAACAUCAACUAAAUUCUAUUUUAUCGAAAAUAUUCAUUUUCAUUAUUUUCAUUUCAUUAAUCAAAAGUUAA